AUGGAAAAAGAGGAAUUAAAUAACCUUUGUGCCCUGGUGCUAAACCCACUAAGCAAAGGAGGGGGUCAGCAAUACUACCUCAACAAGACUGAAUACCGAUAUAGACCAGCACAGCCUAUAGCACCAGUGGAAAACAUCAAAGAAAUGCAGCAAAAAUUAAAAGAAGAAAAAGAAGCAAAACGAGCUCAGUUAGAUGGCAGACAUGACUAUGUUCUUGGAAUUGUUGCUGGAUGCUUGGAUUUGGAAAAGUCUGAGGUUGAAGAUGCCAUUCUGGAAGGAUCUCAGAUUGAGCGAAUUGACCAGUUUUUUGCAAGUGGAGGAGUUCGUCACAUCAUGUUUUAUUACCAAGAUAUGGAAGCACUUGAACCAGGCUUUUUGGUGUCCUUGGGUGCUGUUACCUCUACAAUAGUGGCGAGAAACAAGAAGCCUAAGGUUUUUGUAACUGAAGGAAGAGAUGUUGCAUUGAUGGGUGCUUGUGUAUUCUUCAUUCGUUCUAAUACUGGAAAGCCAAUCACAACUGAAAAUGUACAUAGAGAGGUGAAUUUCAAUAUGAUUGAUACAUCUGGGAAUAACUUGCUAAAAAGUGUGGAAUCCUUGUUGUGUGAUAUAUUUAUCCCUGCUCUCAAAUCUAUGGACAAUUAUUGGGGUCAACUGAUUGACUACCAGCAAGCCAUUAAUGUUAGGCAAGACUUCCUUGGUUCAUUGGAAGGAUUUGUUAAUGUUCUUUCUGGUGCACAGCAAAGUUUAAUGGAGAAGGUCAAACUGGAGAAAUGUGAGACAUGUGACCUGAGAGCUUUGAAGGGACCUGCUGAAUACUUGACUAUAGCUAAUAGCUCAGAAGGCCUUGGGAAAAUAGAAACAUGCAUAAAAGUUUGGAUCAAACAAAUAGAACAGGUUCUGGCAGAAAGCAACCAACUGAGGAAAGAAGCUGAUGAUCUUGGUCCAAGAGCAGAACUUGAUCACUGGAAGAAACGAUUGUCUAAAUUUAACUAUUUGCUAGACCAGUUAAAGACUCCAGAGGUGAAAGCUGUUUUAGGAGUACUGAUGGCAGCUAAAUCAAAGCUUAUCAAGACUUGGAGGCUACUGGAUACGCAAAUAACAGAGUCUGCAAAUGAGGCUAAAGACAAUGUGAAAUAUCUAUAUACUUUGGAAAAGUUUUGUGAGCCACUUUACAACAGUGAUCCUGUGUCUAUGAUUGAUUCAAUUCCUAAACUUUUGAAUGCAAUUGGAAUGAUUCACAACAUCUCUCGUUAUUAUAACACCUCAGAAAAAAUUACAUCUUUAUUUGUUAAGGUAACCAACCAGAUGAUAACAGCUUGCAAAUCAUAUAUAACAAACGACAAUUCAUCUACAAUUUGGGAACAACCACAGGAUAUAGUCAUUCAAAAACUUAAAGCUGCAAUUAAACUAAAUCAGUGGUACCAACAUGUAUUUCACAAGACCAAAGAAAAUAUUCAACAAAUGACAUCUGAAAGGCAAUUUGAUUUGAGCGAAGUGUACAUCUUUGGUAAAUUUGACACAUUCCAGAGAAGACUUGAGAAAAUUAUUGCCAUCUUUGAAACUAUUACAACAUAUUCAAAUUUAGGAGACUCUAAAAUUGAAGGAUUGGAAUCACUUGCAACUAAAUUUCAGUCAAUUGUUGCAACAAUUAAGAAAAAAGAAUACAACUUUCUAGAUCUGCGAAAAACUGAAUUUGAUCAAGAUUAUGAUGAAUUUGUUAAGCAGACUAAUGAUAUUCAGAAUCACUUGAAGAUUUUUAUGGAUUCCACUUUUGAAAAAGUUCAUAACACAGAAAGAGCACUAUUGAUGCUGAAAGCAUUUGAAAGGCUGGGAAUACCAGAUUUGGGAACUGAGGAAAAAUAUAAAAAAAUGCUUCAAAACUAUGCCUGUGACAUAGAAAUGGUCUCCAGAGUUUAUACAAAGCAGAAAAAUGAGCCACCACUUGGACGUGAUUUGCCUCCUGUUGCAGGGAAAAUUCUUUGGGCCCGUCAGCUUUCUCACAGAAUCCAAAAUCCAAUGCAUCUUUUUCAACAGCAUUCUGUUGCUUUACAAAGUGAAGAAGCUAGACGUAUUAUCCGAAACUAUAACAAGGUUGCAAAAGUACUUUUAGAAUAUGAAGUUGUUUUCUACAGAGGAUGGCUAAAACAGAUGGAAGUGGCAAAAUCUGGCCUUCAAGCUUCUCUUUUAGUAAAAGCUCCAGAAACAGGAGCAAUUUUUGUGAACUUUGACCCUACAAUAUUAACUUUAAUCCGAGAAACUGAGUGUAUAUCUCAGCUAGGUCUUGAAAUUCCACCUUUUGCAGCAGCACUACAACAGAACCAAGAAAUAUACAAACAUAAUUUUAAUAAACUACAGAUGAUGCUUAUUGAAGAUAAGAGAGUUAGAUCAAAAGUCUGUGCUCCACUUGAACAGUUAAUGGCUUCACAUAUAGCUAAGGUUGAUGAUGCUAUAAAGCCUGCAACUUCUUUGAACUGGAAGUCAUUAAAUAUUGAAAAAUAUUUAAAUAACAUCACAGAUAAGCUUGCUGAGCUUGAGCUGCUACUUGAUAGAGUAAAUGAUUUGGUUGAAUGUCGAAUUGAUGCAGUACUACAGGAAAUGAGUGCAACACCUCUUUGUAAACUCCCAGAAGAAGAGCCUUUGACAUGUGAUGAAUUUCUACAAAUAACAAAGGACCUUUGCAGAAAUGGUGCAUUUACUCUGCAUUCUAAAAGUUCUAUGAUUGAAGAAGCAACCAAUGAGCUAAUAAAUAUGCUACUUGAUCUGGAACCACAUAAUGAAGGUAAAGAUUCAGAAGCAGUGACUGGACAUAGAAUUGUGGCUGAAACAAAUGAUCCUAGGGGUAAGAGUUUGGAGGGACCUCAAAUUGCGUCAUCUACAUUUAAUACUAGCCAGACAACAACUGGUCCUCAAUCUCCACAAACUAAAAAAAAGAAAAAGGAUGUAAUGGAAAUUUUGGAGGAAGAGGCACAUGAACUUUUAUCUCAUUUCAAUCAUCGCAAUCUUGAUGCUCUUUUGAAAGUUACCCGAAACACUUUGGAAACUAUUCGUAAAAGGAUUCAAAUGUCAUCCAUGAUGAGCUUUUUAGACAAAAAUAGUGUGUCAAAGAAGAAAACCAGUGGACAGCCGAUCUUUAAGACCAAUAUAACUCUUUCCAUCCCCAACAUAAGCAUGGUUCCUGCCUUAGAUGAAGUACAACAAACAUUAAACAAAGCCGUUGAAAGUAUCGUCAGUGUGACAAAAGGAGUUGCACAGUGGAGUAAAGAGAGAAUGUCAAAGAAAAUGAUCCUUGAAAGGAAAAUAGCACUUAUGAAACAAAACAAUAAAGAUAGUGAUUCUGAAGAUAUCGUGGUUGAGGAUGCAGGAAAAAAUACUAAUGAAACAAUUUCUGAUGUUACCUCUAUCAAUGUUGCUGCUAAUAUUCAAAAUAAAAAUUACUUCAAGAAUGUUUCUGAAAAUAAAGAGAUUGUUAAACUUUGCUCUGUCCUGAGCACAGCUAUUAACUCAACAAAAAAGGAUGUCAUUACAGCUUUGGAACAUUUCAAAUGUUACCAUCAUAUCUGGAAAAGUGAAAGGGAAAGUGUAAUUAAAAAAUUUGUUGCUGGGAACCCAUUGUUGUCAGAGUUUGAGUCUCAGAUUCUUCAUUUCCGUGAUCUUGAAUUGAAAAUAUUUUCUGAACCUGAUUAUAUUUGUGUUGGAGCCAUUGCUAUGUAUACAGGUAAUUUGAAAUUAGCAUUGACCUCUGAAACUAAAGCUUGGAUGGUUGAUUUUGGUCGUCAUUGUAACAAGAAAUACAGAACAGAGAUGGAAAACAUAUUUACAUGUGUUGAAGAAAUUGGCAAAAAGCUUAAUAGACAGAUCAAAGACUUGGAUGACAUACGAAUAGCAAUGGUAGCGCUGAAAGAAAUCAGGGAUCAGCAGAUUCCAGUUGACUUUCAAUUGAAUCCCAUUGAGGAAUCUUAUGCUAUGCUGAAUAAAUACGAACUUCUUGUUGCAAAGGAGGAAAUGGAAAAAGUAGACACACUGCGCUAUACCUGGGAAAAAUUACUAGUUCGUGGAAAUGAAGUGCAGAAUGAGUUGAUGAUAUUACAACCUAAUUUCAGAGGAGAGUUGAUUAACACUGUUGAAAUCUUUAUUGAAGACUGCUCAAAUUUUUAUUCAGACUAUGAAAUGAAUGGACCAAUGGUUGUUGGCCUUCCUCCGCAGGAAGCAAGUGACCGGCUAAUCAUGUUUCAAAAUCAUUUUGACAACUUAUAUCGAAAGUAUAUUACAUAUACUGGAGGAGAAGAGCUUUUUGGUUUGCCUGUUACCCAAUAUCCUCAACUUCUUGAAAUAAAAAAACAAUUAAAUUUGUUACAGAAACUGUACAGUCUUUACAACAAUGUAAUUGAUACAGUGAAUGGCUACUAUGAUAUUCUUUGGUCAGACGUUAACAUAGAUAAGAUCAACAAUGAAUUACUAGAAUUCCAAAACAGAUGCCGCAAGCUUCCUCGUGCUUUAAAGGAAUGGCAAGCUUUUCUAGACCUUAAGAAAACUAUUGAUGAUUUCAGUGAGUGUUGCCCACUUCUUGAAUUAAUGUCCAACAAAGCAAUGAUGACUCGCCACUGGAAGAGAAUAGCUGAUGUAACUGGACACAGUUUUGAUGUAGAAAGUGAAACCUUUAAACUGCGGAACAUUAUGGAAGCACCUUUAUUACGGUGCAAAGAAGAAAUAGAGGAUAUCUGCAUUAGUGCAGUUAAAGAACGAGAUAUUGAACAAAAGUUGAAGCAAGUAAUUGCUGAGUGGGACAACAAAUCAUUUACUUUUGCCAGCUUUAAAACCAGAGGAGAGCUUCUUCUGAGAGGAGAUAGCACAUCAGAAAUUGUAGCUAGUAUGGAAGAUAGCCUAAUGAUUUUAAGCUCUUUGAUGAGUAACAGGUACAACACCCCAUUCAAGGCACAGAUUCAGAAAUGGGUCCUCUACUUGUCAAAUACAACUGACAUAAUUGAAAAUUGGAUGACGGUACAGAACCUAUGGAUAUACUUAGAAGCUGUGUUUGUGGGAGGAGAUAUUGCAAAACAGCUUCCCAAGGAAGCCAAGCGUUUCUCCAACAUUGACAAGUCCUGGGUUAAAAUUAUGACCCGAGCCCAUGAAAUGCCAAAUGUUGUGCAAUGCUGUGUUGGAGAUGAAACAAUGGGUCAGCUAUUGCCUCACCUUCUGGAACAACUGGAAAUCUGCCAAAAGUCUUUAACUGGGUACUUGGAGAAGAAACGGUUGCUUUUCCCACGUUUUUUCUUUGUAUCGGAUCCUGCUCUUUUGGAGAUUUUAGGUCAGGCAUCGGAUUCUCACACUAUCCAGGCUCAUCUUCUUAAUGUUUUUGAUAACAUAAAAUCAGUAAAAUUUCACGAGAAGGUAUAUGAUCGGAUACUGUCCAUAUCAUCUCGUGAAGGUGAAACUAUUGAGCUAGAAAAACACGUCAUGGCAGAGGGUAAUGUGGAAGUUUGGCUUAAUGCUCUUUUAAAGGAAUCACAGUCAUCCCUACACCUUGUGAUUCACCAAGCAGCAGCUGCAAUUCAAGAUAGUGGACUUCAGCUGACUGAAUUUCUUUCUUUUUUCCCUGCUCAGGUUGGUUUGCUGGGAAUUCAGAUGAUCUGGACUAGGAAUGCUGAAGAAGCCCUCACUAAUGCAAAAUAUGAUAAAAAAAUUAUGCAAAAGACAAACCAAUCUUUCCUAAGUCUUCUAAACACAUUGAUUGAUACAACAACAAAAGAUCUAAGCUCAAUGGAACGCAUUAAAUAUGAAACACUGAUUACCAUUCAUGUACAUCAAAGGGAUAUUUUUGAUGAUCUGUGUCGUAUGCAUAUCAAAAGUCCAACGGAUUUCGAAUGGCUGAAACAGUGCAGAUUUUAUUUUAAUGAAGACUCUGACAAGAUGUUUAUAAACAUUACUGAUGUGACAUUUAUCUACCAAAAUGAAUUUUUAGGUUGCACUGACAGACUGGUUAUCACUCCUCUGACUGACAGAUGUUACAUCACCCUUGCACAGGCCUUAGGAAUGAGCAUGGGGGGUGCUCCAGCUGGACCAGCAGGAACAGGCAAAACAGAAACUACAAAGGACAUGGGCAGGUGUCUUGGAAAAUAUGUAGUUGUAUUCAAUUGCUCUGACCAGAUGGACUUCCGAGGUUUGGGGAGAAUUUUUAAAGGCCUUGCUCAGUCUGGCUCAUGGGGAUGUUUUGAUGAAUUCAACCGUAUAGACCUUCCAGUGUUGUCAGUAGCUGCACAACAAAUAGCAAUAGUGCUAACAUGUAAGAAGGAGCGAAAAAAGAACUUUAUUUUUACUGACGGAGACAACGUGGAGAUGAAUCCUGAAUUUGGGCUAUUUUUAACUAUGAAUCCUGGUUAUGCUGGAAGACAGGAGCUUCCUGAAAACUUAAAGAUCAACUUUCGGUCUGUAGCUAUGAUGGUUCCUGAUCGUCAGAUUAUCAUUCGUGUGAAACUGGCUAGCUGUGGUUUUAUUGAUAACAUUGUCCUAGCCAGGAAGUUUUUCACACUUUACAAGCUGUGUGAGGAACAGCUCUCUAAACAGGUACACUAUGAUUUCGGUCUGCGCAACAUUUUGUCUGUUUUAAGAACAUUAGGUGCAGCUAAAAGGGCAAAUCCUACUGACACGGAAUCAACAAUUGUGAUGCGUGUUUUGAGGGAUAUGAAUCUUUCAAAACUGAUUGAUGAAGAUGAGCCACUAUUCUUAAGCCUAAUUGAAGAUCUGUUUCCAAGUAUUCAACUGGACAAAGCUGGCUAUCCUGAGCUAGAAAUCGCUAUAAUUAAACAGGUAGAAAAGUCUGGUUUAAUUUGUCAUCCACCAUGGAAGCUUAAGAUUAUUCAACUAUUUGAAACCCAGAGAGUAAGGCAUGGUAUGAUGACUCUAGGACCAAGCGGGGCAGGAAAAACUACUUGUAUUCAUACACUGAUGAAGGCAAUGACAGAUUGUGGGGAACCACACAGGGAAAUGAGAAUGAACCCCAAAGCAAUUACAGCUCCUCAGAUGUUUGGUCGCCUUGAUGUGGCUACUAAUGAUUGGACGGAUGGCAUUUUUUCUACCUUAUGGAGAAAAACCCUUCGUGCUAAAAGAGGAGAGCAUAUCUGGAUUGUUCUAGAUGGACCUGUGGAUGCUAUAUGGAUAGAGAACUUGAAUUCUGUUCUGGAUGACAACAAAACAUUGACAUUAGCCAAUGGAGACCGUAUUCCAAUGGCGCCCAACUGCAAAAUAGUAUUUGAACCACAUAAUAUUGACAAUGCUUCACCUGCUACAGUUUCAAGAAAUGGUAUGGUGUUCAUGAGCUCUUCUGUCCUUAACUGGAGCCCCAUCCUUGAGGGUUGGUUGAAAAAACGGUCUCCGAUUGAAAGUGAAAUCCUUAAACAGCUCUACAGUGGCUCAUUUUCUGAAUUAUAUCGCUUUGGUAUCCAAUCCUUAGAGUAUAAAAUAGAAAUGUUGGAGGCCUUUGUAAUUAUGCAAAGUAUAAAUAUGUUACAAGGACUUAUUCCUACAAAGGAACAAGGCAUUGAAAUAACACCAGUUCACUUAGAGAGACUAUAUGUUUUUUCUUUGAUGUGGAGUGUUGGUGCUCUGCUAGAGCUGGAUGACAGAAAACAAAUGGAACAGUGGUUGCGUGCUCAUGAAACAGUGCAUUUAGAUUUACCCCAAAUUCCGCCAGGGAGUGAAGAUACAAUGUUUGAUUUUUACGUUACUGCUGAUGGGAAUUGGAUGCACUGGAACACUUCUGUGGAGGAGUACAUAUAUCCACCAGACAGCACUCCAGAGUAUGGAUCUAUCCUUGUGCCAAAUGUUGAUAAUGUUAGGACAGACUUCCUUAUCCAGACAAUUGCCAAACAGGGAAAGGCAGUACUAUUAAUUGGAGAACAAGGGACAGCUAAAACUGUGAUUAUAAAGGGAUUCAUGUCAAAAUAUAAUCCAGAGAGUCAAGUAGAAAAAAGUCUAAAUUUUUCGUCAGCCACCACUCCUUUGAUGUUUCAGAGAACCAUUGAAAGCUAUAUUGAGAAACGUAUGGGGACAACUUAUGGACCUCCUGCAGGAAAGAAAAUGACUGUAUUUAUUGAUGAUAUAAAUAUGCCUGUAAUUAAUGAAUGGGGUGACCAGGUAACUAAUGAAAUUGUACGACAGCUGAUGGAACAGAAUGGGUUCUAUAACUUAGAAAAACCUGGGGAAUUUACCAACAUUGUGGAUAUACAGUUUCUCGCUGCUAUGAUCCAUCCUGGUGGAGGGAGAAAUGAUAUUCCACAAAGACUGAAAAGACAGUUCUCUGUAUUCAACUGCACUUUGCCGUCGAAUGCUUCAAUUGACAAAAUAUUUGGUGUGAUUGGAGGAGGCCACUACUGUGCUGAAAGGGGAUUUUCCAGAGGAAUAAAAAACAUUGUAAUGAAGCUAGUGCCCUUGACCCGAAAACUAUGGCAAAUGACUAAAAUAAAAAUGCUUCCUACACCGGCCAAGUUUCAUUAUAUAUUUAAUUUACGAGAUCUCUCCAGAAUUUGGCAGGGAAUGCUAAACUCUACAGCAGAAGUAAUCAAGGAUGAAGUAGUUUUAAUUAAGCUGUGGAAACAUGAAUGUAAGCGUGUCAUUGCUGAUCGAUUUACUACCGCAGAAGAUGUUGAUUGGUUUGAAAAAACAGUGCUAAAAUUGGUAGAUGAUGAAUAUGAUGAAGGAAAAAAGUCAGAUUAUCACAUUGAUGCAUAUUUUGUAGACUUUUUAAGGGAUGCACCUGAAGCAACAGGUGAGGAGCCAGAAGAUGCCGAUUUUGUCACACCUAAAAUUUACGAACCAAUUGCAUCAUUUAGUCAAUUGCAGGAUCGUUUGAACUACUUCCUCCAAAUGUUUAAUGAGAAUAUUCGUGGAACUGGGAUGGAUAUGGUCUUCUUUAAAGAUGCUAUGAUCCACUUGGUUAAGAUUUCACGUAUUAUUCGCACACCAAGAGGAAAUGCACUUCUGGUUGGUGUUGGAGGUUCAGGAAAACAAAGUUUGACUAAACUUGCAUCAUAUAUUGCUGGAUAUAACACAUUCCAGAUAACUUUAACAAGAUCCUACAACACCUCAAACCUGAUGGAAGAUCUCAAGGUUUUGUACCGAACAUCAGGUCACCAAGGCAAAGGCAUCAGCUUUAUCUUCACUGACAAUGAGAUCAAAGAUGAAUCUUUCUUGGAAUACAUGAACAAUGUUCUGUCUUCAGGAGAGGUAUCAAAUUUAUUUGCACGGGAUGAAAUUGAUGAGAUCACCAAUGACCUUAUCCCUAUAAUGAAAAAAGAAUAUCCAAGGAGGCCUCCGACAAAUGAAAACCUUUAUGACUUCUUCAUGACUAGGGUCAGGCAAAAUCUGCAUGUUGUACUUUGCUUUUCACCAGUUGGAGAAAAAUUUAGGAACCGUGCUCUUAAAUUCCCUGCUCUUAUAUCCGGUUGUACCAUGGAUUGGUUCAGUCGAUGGCCUAAGGAUGCCUUGGUAGCAGUGUCUGAACAUUUCCUAUCUUCUUUUGAUGUUGACUGCACCAUUGAAAUCAAGAAGGAAAUGGUUGAGUGUAUGGGUUCAUUCCAGGAUGGAGUGGCAGAAAAGUGUGUGGACUAUUUCCUAAGAUACCGUCGAUCUACUCAUGUGACUCCUAAAUCAUACCUAUCAUUUAUCCAGGGAUAUAAAACAAUAUACAAAGAAAAACAUGCUGAAGUGCAGACACUGGAAAAUCGGAUGAAUACAGGUUUAGAGAAGCUGAAGGAAGCCUCUGAAUCAGUAGCCACUUUAAGCAAAGAAUUAGAAGUGAAAGAAAGAGAACUGCAAAUUGCCAAUAUAAAAGCAGAUAUGGUGUUGAAAGAAGUCACUGUAAAAGCUCAAGCUGCAGAAAACAUUAAAGCUGAAGUGCAGAAAGUAAAGGAUAAAGCACAAGCCAUUGUAGAUAGCAUUUCAGUAGACAAAGCUAUUGCAGAAGAAAAACUGGAAGCUGCCAAACCUGCCCUUGAAGAGGCAGAGGCAGCUUUGCAGACUAUUAAGCCAGGAGAUAUAUCUACUGUCCGGACACUGGGUAGACCUCCUCAUCUUAUUAUGCGAAUUAUGGACUGUGUGCUCUUAUUGUUCCAAAGAAAAUUAAACACCGUAAAAUUAGACCAAGAGAAAAGUUGUGUUGUCCCUUCCUGGCAGGAGUCAUUAAAACUUAUGAUAGGAAAUUUCUUGCAAAGUCUUCAGCAAUUUCCAAAGGAUACCAUCAAUGAAGAAGUGGUAGAACUGUUGUUGCCAUAUUUUGAAAUGCCGGAUUAUAACAUUGAAACAGCUAAACGUGUUUGUGGAAAUGUGUCUGGUUUGUGUUCGUGGACCAAAGCAAUGGCUUCCUUCUUUUCAAUAAACAAGGAGGUUCUGCCAUUAAAGGCUAAUUUGGCUAUUCAGGAGAGCAAACUUGCUAUAGCCAAUAUGGAUUUGGAAAAAGCACAAGCAGAACUUGAUGCAAAACAAGCGGAGUUGGAUAUUGUCCAAGCAGAGUAUGAAAAGGCGUUGAUGGAAAAGCAGACUUUGCUUGAAGAUGCUGAACGGUGCAGACAUAAGAUGCAAACAGCUUCUAGCUUGAUUAGUGGCCUGGCUGGUGAAAAAGAAAGAUGGACUAAACAAAGCAAAGAGUUUGCUGCACUAACCAAGCGACUUGUUGGGGAUGUGCUACUUGCUACAGCAUUUUUGUCUUACUCUGGCCCUUUUAAUCAAGAAUUCCGUAAUCUGUUGCUAACUGACUGGCGAAGAGAAAUGAGAACUCGAAAAAUUCCAUUUGGCAUCAGUUUAAAUCUGACUGAUAUGUUAAUAGACACACCAACCAUCAGUGAAUGGAAUCUGCAGGGACUUCCAAAUGAUGAUCUUUCAAUUCAGAAUGGAAUUAUUGUCACAAAGGCAGCUCGGUACCCACUUCUCAUUGACCCACAGAAUCAGGGCAAAAUUUGGAUAAAAAACAGAGAAAUAAAAAAUGAACUUCAGAUUACAUCACUUAAUCACAAAUACUUCAGAAAUCAUUUAGAAGACAGUUUGUCUCUUGGAAGACCGCUACUAAUUGAAGAUGUUGGAGAAGAGCUUGACCCAGCUUUGGAUAAUGUAUUGGAAAAAAACUUCAUCAAAAGUGGAUCAACGUACAAAGUAAAAGUUGGAGAUAAAGAAGUAGAUGUGAUGAAUGGCUUCAGACUCUACAUUACCACUAAACUCCCCAAUCCUGCAUACACACCUGAAAUAAGUGCCCGCACUUCUAUAAUUGACUUUACUGUCACCAUGAAAGGCCUUGAAGACCAAUUACUAGGAAGAGUAAUACUCACAGAAAAGCAGGAGCUUGAGAAGGAAAGAACAGAUCUCAUGGAAGAUGUGACUGCAAACAAGAGAAAGGUGAAAGAGCUGGAGGACAACCUAUUAUAUCGACUGACCAGUACCCAAGGUUCCCUGGUAGAAGAUGAGAGUCUUAUUCUAGUGCUUAAUAAUACAAAAAAGACAUCUGAAGAAGUCACACAGAAACUGCAAAUAUCAGUUGAGACAGAAAUACAAAUCAACUCUGCUCGAGAAGAGUACAGGCCAGUUGCAAGCAGAGGAAGCACAUUAUAUUUUCUUAUAACUGAAAUGAGCAUGGUUAAUGUAAUGUAUCAGACAUCGCUUCGUCAGUUUUUGGGGCUUUUUGACCUUUCGCUUACCAGAUCUGUUAAAAGUCCAAUUACAAGUAAAAGGAUAGCUAACAUUAUUGAACAUAUGACCUUUGAAGUCUACAGAUAUGCUGUGAGGGGGCUUUAUGAGGAGCAUAAAUUUUUGUUCACAUUAUUACUCACACUGAAAAUUGACAUGCAGAACCAUCGAGUGAAACAUGAAGAGUUUCUUACCCUCAUAAAAGGUGGAGCUUCUUUGGAUCUUAAAGCAUGUCCACCUAAACCAUCAAAGUGGAUUCUGGACAUGACUUGGCUAAAUCUUGUAGAGUUAAGUAAACUGAGACAAUUUUCAGAUAUUCUUGAUCAGAUUUCAAGACAUGAAAAACAGUGGAAGUUAUGGUUUGAUAAAGAAUAUCCAGAAGAAGAGCCUGUGCCUAGUGGUUAUGAUCAAUCACUUGAUUGUUUCCGACGUUUGCUUCUUAUUAGGUCUUGGUGUCCUGAUAGAACCAUUGCUCAGGCAAGGAAGUAUAUUAUGGAUUCCAUGGGUAGCAAAUAUGCAGAAGGAGUGAUCUUAGAUUUGGAAAAGACUUGGGAAGAAUCUACUCCACGAACACCACUUAUCUGUUUUCUGUCCAUGGGAUCUGAUCCAACAGAUUCCAUAAUUGCCCUUGGAAAGCGACAGAAAAUUGAGACACGUUAUGUUUCCAUGGGACAAGGUCAAGAGGUUCAUGCUCGGAAACUUUUACAACAAACAAUGGCUAAUGGAGGAUGGGCUCUUUUACAAAACUGCCAUUUAGGUCUUGAUUUUCUUGAUGAGUUAAUGGACACUAUUACAGAGACUGAUCCUGUACAUGAUACCUUCCGUCUGUGGAUGACAACUGAAGUUCACAAGCAAUUUCCUAUCACUCUCCUACAGAUGUCUAUCAAAUUUACCAAUGAACCCCCUCAAGGUCUUAAAGCUGGCCUUAAAAGGACUUAUGGCGGUGUGAACCAGGAUCUGCUUGAUGUGAGUGGUAUGAUUCAGUGGAAACCCAUGUUGUAUGCAGUGGCAUUCCUACACUCAACGGUUCAAGAGAGACGCAAGUUUGGACCUUUGGGAUGGAAUAUUCCCUAUGAAUUUAACCAGGCAGACUUCAAUGCUACUGUCCAGUUCAUUCAAAAUCAUCUUGAUGAUAUGGAUAUUAAAAAGGGGGUUUCUUGGACUACAGUGCGCUAUAUGAUUGGUGAAAUUCAAUAUGGAGGGCGAGUCACAGAUGAUUAUGACAAAAGGUUACUGAACACUUUUGCCAAAGUAUGGUUCAGUGAGAAUAUGUUUGGCCAGGAUUUCUUUUUUUACAAGGGUUAUAAUAUCCCUAAAUGUAGUCUUGUAGACCAAUAUCUACAGUACAUACAGGGUUUACCUGCCUAUGACACACCAGAAGUUUUUGGAUUGCAUCCCAAUGCAGACAUCACAUACCAAAGUAACCUUGCAAAAGAUGUUUUGGACACCAUACUUAACAUUCAACCAAAGGAUAGCUCCAGUGGCAGCGGAGAAACACGAGAGGCUAUAGUGGCUAGAUUGGCAGAUGAUAUGUUGGAAAAGUUACCUGCAGAUUACAUUCCAUUUGAAGUUCGGAAUCGACUACAGAAAAUGGGACCAUUCCAACCUAUGAAUAUCUUCCUUCGUCAAGAAAUUGACAGAAUGCAGAGGGUAAUAAGUUUAGUGCGAACAACGCUUACAGACCUAAAAUUAGCAAUAGACGGCACCAUUAUAAUGAGUGAAAACCUAAGGGAUGCAUUAGAUUGCAUGUAUGAUGCAAGGAUACCGGCACGUUGGAAAAAGUCAUCAUGGGCGUCAAGUACAUUGGGCUUUUGGUUCACUGAGCUUCUUGAGCGAAAUAGACAGUUUCAUUCAUGGAUCUUUGAAAGUAGACCAAACUGCUUCUGGAUGACAGGAUUCUUUAAUCCUCAGGGAUUUUUGACUGCAAUGAGACAGGAAAUUACUCGUGCUAACAAAGGAUGGGCUCUAGACAAUGUAGUACUUUGCAAUGAAGUCACCAGAUGGAUGAAGGAUGACAUUACAAACCCACCAGCUACAGGUGUCUAUGUGUAUGGCUUAUAUCUUGAAGGAGCAGGCUGGGACAGAAGAAAUUUAAAACUAACAGAAUCAAAACCAAAAGUGUUGUUUGAGAUGAUGCCUGUUAUCAGGAUAUAUGCAGAUAAUAUCAUUGCAAGAGAUGCAAAGUUCUAUUCAUGCCCGAUAUACAAGAAACCAGUGCGCACGGAUCUGAACUACAUUGCUGCAGUGGACCUUAAGACUGUUCAAUCACCAGAUCACUGGAUAUUGCGUGGUGUUGCCCUUUUAUGUGAUAUAAAAUAA